AUGGGGAACUCGUGCUAUUGCUGCUCCAAGCGCGAGCGCACGGUUGAGGACCUUCUGGAUGGCUCGCUAGAGGACAAACUACUCGGCAAGCGCGACGAUGACGCAGAGGCCACAACGGCUGAGGAGGAGGCGUGGCGUCAGCGGCGUGAGCAGCUCAAGGACGAGGCGGAGCUGUCGCUCGACCUCUCGGAUGAUAACGAUAAAGGGAACAGCAAUGCUGCGAAAGGAGGCAAACCGAGUGGCAGCACCAGCGUCGACCAUGGGACUUUGAUUUGGGAUCUGAGUGAGCGGAACACGGUUCUUGCUGUUCGCAAGGAGACGACGGAGUUGGUGGAGGACGAAGAGGACGACGAAGUGUUCGGCAGUGCGAAGGAAGACGCGAACGGUGAUGAAGAAGAAGAUCAGGACCAAGAGAGUAAGGAGCACGUGGCUGAGAGCGAAGAAUUUGACGUGGAUCGACUCACGCAGCUCUCUGCGAGGUCCGCGGAGGACUCGUACGCGUCCGUGAACGAGUACUUCCGCGGCGACGACACGCGGGUCUUCCGGGACACAGAGAUCGACCGCGCUACAGUGGCAGACAGCUUCAUGGGCACUACAGUGACGGACAGCUUCUUGGAUGCGUCAUCGACAGCGAACCGCAGCUUCCAUGUCGACGAUGACGACGAAGUCCAGCAGCAGCAGGGUGAACAGCAGCAGAAACAGGAGCAAGACGACGAGCAAGUUGACGACGAGAGCAGCCCCGACAAACGUCGAAGCAGCUCUGGUGCGUCGUCCUCGUCACGCCGUCGGUCGUCCAAGAAGAAGUCGCGUAGCAAGAAAUCCUCGCGUAAAUGA